GAUAGUACGCAAGCAUUCACUACUAACCUUAUCAGGUGGAAUCCGUUGACGUAACCAAACGUAAACAAAAGUCGAGUUACCCUAAUGUCAGUUCUUCACUCACCGUUUAUAUUACAUGAAAUGUGGUUCAGCCUGUGCGAAUAAGUAGCCCUGAGCAUACCACCACGAUGGGUGAUGGGCUGUUAAUGUUAUCUUGGAAGAACCACAGCUCCACAUUCUCUCAUCUCAUAUCAUCACUGAGAGAAAAGGAUCAGUAUACUGAUGUAACUCUAGCAUGUGAUGGCAAAUUCUACCCAGCACACAAAAUAGUUCUGUCAGCUUGCAGUCAGUAUUUUGAAGACAUGCUGCAGAACACACCUUGCAAACAUCCUAUCAUUGUCCUCAAGGAUAUUUCAGCAAGUGAACUUGAUGCUUUGCUGAAUUACAUGUAUGUUGGGGAAGUGAGUGUGAGUCAGAAUCAUUUGACAGCUCUCAUAAAGGCAGCAGAAUCAUUGCAUAUUAAAGGGCUUGCUGUUCCUGAUGAGUUGCCAGCCUGUCAUUCCAAGGAAAGCAGGGUUUUAUCACAUCCCUCGGCUGAUGAAAGAGCGAGUCCCCCUGCAAAACGACAAAGGUACGAAAAGCAUGUGUCACCACCAAGAGACUCUCGGACUCCUCAAAGUGACACUCCUAUCUCAUCUCCACACCUAGAAAGUGAAAGAAGGUGCUCAUCAUAUGAGGAUGACACUAGGGCUUACCUAGAGAGAGAAAGCCGAAUUCCUCCACUUGAAAGUGAGAAGUCACAUUUAGAAAGUACACCCCAUCUUGGGGUGAAAACAGAAACACAUUCAGUUCCUUCCUCUCCAGUAUUACCAGGGAACAAAACUGGGGAACACUCAAGCAGUCAAGGCAUCAUCCAAGAUUCCCAUAUUAGCCCUGGAGCCAAUGAGUCAAGAAGUCACAGCAACCAGAGUUAUCAAAGCCAAGAGGGAUUUGAACCACUGUUUGAAGUAAAAGAGGAAUACAUAGAAAACAAUGCUGAUAGACGUGCGCAAGGUGUAAGUUUCUCACCACCUGCUGUGGCUGUUGCAUCUCCUCCAUUGAGUGCUGCUCCACCAGCUUCUACUGCUUCAGGAACAACAGCUAUGUCGCCUACUUCUAUGAAUACAAAUCCGAGGCCAACCAUUGAUGGUAGUAAUUUUGAAGAUCAUAUACGGACAUUGCUAUAUAAUCCUCAUGAGAGAAGAGAAAUCUUGCACACAGAGGCAGGUUUUCAUGGACCAGGUCCAUCUGGGUUGCUAGGUAAUGUUGGCUUAAACGUAAGAGAAGGGUUUGGAACAGGAGUAGAAAGCUUCAAUGCAAAGACGUCUGAUGUGUACUCUGCUCAAGUUCCUGUGGUCUUGUCACAUGUCCAAGUUGGAGGCUCACGUGCACAUCCAAACUGUGAGGCUUGUAGCACAAAGAAGGUUCAUCUGUGCUCUUCCUGCUAUUACUCCACCCCCUGGCACAGUGUGUUUGUGCGCCACAUUCGCAAACACACAGGGGAAAAGCCUUUCUGUUGCCCCUUUUGCCCUUUUCGAUCCGGUUGGAAGAGCCACCUGGCAAGCCAUAUCAAGAAGAACCAUACAUUUCAAUAGCACUCUGCAUCUGGUCAAAUUCCAAGAUUCUCUUCCUCCUCCCACUUUGUUUCACACAAUAGCUUGCCUCCACGCAUCCUCCCUCUUGCAUAUUUCCCAUUUUAUUUUCUAAAUUGCUUGGUGAAGGAAGAUGAAGAAAAAUCAUGAUCAUUUUAGAGAUCUCAUUAUUACUGUUGGGCUGUUUGUUUUGACACACUGGAGUAGGAUUUGUUCUCCAUUUUUAUUUUGUUACUCUGUUGAAUGGCAAAGCACAGUACUGUAUCUUUACUUUUUAAAAUUAACCUUUGUUGUUAUAUAAUAGCCAACUCCUUUUAUUUGUUACUUUCACUGUUGUACAAGUAACAAAUGAAUAGACUUGUCUGGCAUUUUCACUUUUAACAUUUAUAGCAUUGUAUGUUGGUGCAGUUGUUUUAAUUAUUGUCUAUGAUAUUUUUCAGUAAAACUUGUAUUUUUAUGUAGUCCAACACUCAUUAAAAGUAGAAUUCUUUUGACAUAUAUAUGAAGUAGCCAUAAAUGUUUAUUCAUUGUUAAGGGUAACAGUUUAGAAAAAAUGUAGCUUUAAACAUGACUGCUCUGAGCUGUCCUAACCUUGCAUGCCUUACUGAUAAACUUGAAUAAGAAAACUCCUCUCCAAGCAAUUCCUCUGCUUAUCAGUCUUAAUUUUACCAUAUGUAGGAAAGUUACUAACAGCUUCCAAAGAUUUUUCAAGUAUACAGUAGAUAUAUGGUGGAUAUAUUUUAUUAAACAAAAGAAAAUCAAAGCACUGAACCAUAAAACCCUUCUUGGUGUUGCAGUAGCAUAGGAUGUGUCAACAACUGUUCAGAUAUCAAAUGUUUAUAUUAGAGAUGUAUUGGAUGUCAGAAUUUAGAGAUAUGUGGAUGUCGUACUUAAUACUAUUUUGCAGAUGUUCCAUGGACUGAACAUCCAAAACAUCUCUGAUAUUUAACUCAUUGCAAAAGCAGAUGCAGAUGUUUUUAUUUAUCAAGAGUAGAUGCAGAUUUGAAAAAUUAUACAGAUGUUCUGCAGAUAUCUGAUGCAUCUCUAGUUUAUAUAAACACCCCUUUCAGACAAGUUUUAUCGAAGGUAGCUGUGAAUUGUACAAGUUAGUCUUCACCAUAUCUUGUGAAAAGACAAUUUUGUCACUGGAUUGUCAAAUUAAGUGUAAAUAAACUUCUAGUCUCUAAUUUUAGUGUAUAUAACUAUAUUUUAACUUUAUAUUUUCAUUAUAAAACCAACUUCCUCUGCUGUAUUAGAAUUAUGCAAAAUAACUCAUGGAAACAAUUGUGUACAGUUAUAUUGAGCUAGAAAGGUAAACAUUACUAUCAGAUAAAUCCUGGGAACAGUCUUCUUCAUACCUAAAUACUUAACCAACAGACACUUGGCUCAAUGGAUAAUUUGCUGAAUGAAACCUCACUACACUCUUUAUGAUGAGCUGGGACCCACCUCGGCAGGACAGAAAUGUCAUCUGAUUAAUUUUUUUAUUUUUUUAUUAAUGUCCAUACACAAUAAUGACUUCAUUACAGUUAAGCCAAAAAUAAACAAAAAUAAGAAUAAUGUUUUAUCUGUUUUAUAUUCAAAUGAGAUAUUGUUAAAAUAACCUUAUUCCCACUUUGUACUGACAUUUUAAAAAAAUACCAAACAUCUUUCCAUUUUAAGGUGUGUCAUAUGAAGGUGCCCAUUCAACAAAAUGUCUGUUGACUAAACAAGCCUUUAUCUUUGUGUACACUGUAGCUAUCAAAAUAUUUCUUUUUUGUUAAGUCAUUUACUGUAUAUUUCUUGGAAAAUGUUAUUUUUGUAAAAGGUUUUAUUUACCUGGAGAUCAUUUAUAUUAAAAUAUUAGUUUGGUGUAGUAUUUAAUUCAGUGUUGCAAAAGUUAGUGAAAUGCAGUGUAACUAAUUCCUUGAGUACUAUGUAAAAUCAUAGUAAUAAACCAUUACUGUAUCAGAGCCUCUCAUUUUGAUAAGUGUAAAGCUCUCAUAUAGAAUGGUUUAUUUCAACAGUGCAAGGUAAUGUUUUGUAAAAUUACUUUAUGCAAAUACAGAACUUGGGAAAGACUUUAUCACCCAGUCUUACUGUUAACUGUAUUUGUAUACAUUAGUAACAUCCUUGGUAUCAUAACACAUUUAAUAUCUACACCACUGUUUUUGUGAGGCACAUAUAAGUGGAGUAAUUGAAAAUGGAUUCAAUACAGAGCUAUUGUACUUGACAAAGUAUUCAGUAGUCUUAUACAGAUUUGUAAAUCAUACUGCUAAUUUUCAAAUCACAGGACUUCCAAGAUAAUCAUCCAUUGACAGUUAGUUUGCAGUAUGAUUUUAUGGUGAAAGGUUUUGAUUCCUGUGCUUUAUUCAAGUAAUGUUUACUCUUCAUUUUAUUUUAAUUUAAAAAAAGUCUUUUUAUAAUAAACAUUUAAAGUUUC